AUGUUGGAGCGCCCUCCGGCUGUGGCGGCAGGGGGUGUUGGCAGCGAGACGAGGGCUCGCAGCUGGCAGACGCCGCCUUUGCCUUCACACGCUCCGCGCCUGGUCGGCCUGGAGGGAUGCCCUGGCGGCUUGGCGAUCCGCAGAGUCCAGGCGCAGGUGGCGCGUGCUUGCGGCCUGGAGCGAGCGGAGGCCACGGAGACGGCCUCGGCGCACCGGCACCGCACCGCCGGCAUCAUAGGUGGUUGCUGGCAGUCUUACCAGACUUGGUGGUUGCUGCAAAUUGUGGUGAGCUGGCACCGUGCUGCUCAGAACUGUGGCCAUCAUUGCGCCAGUGAGCAGCUGGAGCAAGAGAUGCAGUCGUCCCUGGCAGAAGCUGCGAGGGUUCGGGGCCAAUUGGACCGUCAACGCGAAGCGUUGGCUGCACAAUCUUACCUUCGUAAGUCCGAGCGCUCACAGCUGGAAGCGGAGCUCGCCGACACGCAGCAGGCUCUUGCGCAGCUGCAAAGGGACCUAGCAGAAGAAGCAUCCAGCCUUGCCACGUUGGAGCUCGAAGCCGUGAGCGAAACCGGCGUGGAGCCCGGCGACGUCUCGGUUCUGCCCAGGCAGACUGCGGACUCGCAGGACUUGGAGCGAGAACUGCUCGAGAUCCAACGACAGCUGCGGCAGCCGGCAACCGCUGGGCGCACUGCGUGA